UUUUCCAAGGUUUAUUAGCCUCCUUUUUCGUUGUUACCGAAUAUCGGGUUUUUCUCCCUCUCUUAUUUUUGUGCUUGAUUUUCUUUCGUUUCUGUGUUUUUGUAGGUUCUCCCUGUUUUUCUCUUUCGCGUGCUUCAUUUGUCUUUCAAACUCCAGAAAAAACAGUAGGUACUAAAACAUUGGAUAGAGAAAUUCUCGGUUUUGACGAGAAUUGGCGACCUGUGUGCACGCAGCCUCCGCCGCCUAAGGGAAAGUACGACACCAUAUCAACGUAUUCGACCCGAGCUUCAUCUCGUCGCUCUACUGCCACUGUUGCAAAGAAUCGUGUGAGUGCUGCCUGCAAAUCCAAAUCCUCCUCUGUCGUUGUUUCUCAAGCUCCGCCUUCAUCCACAAUGCAAUCCAAUCCAACAGGCCGAGGUGGAACCCGCCGAAAAAGGUCGUCUCUUAAUUCCAGUCGGUCUAAUCCGACUAAGAGGGCAAGGGCCACUGGUGAGGAUGAUGCUUACGCCGAUCACGAGGCAAAUGAGCCGGUCUUGGAGUCUGCCGCCAAGAAAACUACUGAUACCGCCCUUCAGGCGCAGCCGUCUCCACCAGCUUCUAUUGAGAUUUUGGACGAGGGUAUUGUCGGCGGUUUUAUUGAGGACUUCCACCGGCAAGCUACUUCUGCUGCUGUUACCGGUGGUAACUCUAGUAUGCCUCCCGUCAGUCGCAGCGAGAACAAGUCUGGUGAUUCUCGACUGAAUUAUCAUCUGCCGCUUCGUACCGGCGGUUGGAUUGAGGAUACCCCCUUUAAGAUCCCGGAAGCAAUGAAAUCAUGGUUCGGGUCUUUUGGCGGCGAACCCACCGAUCAGUUCUACCCAAACAUUGAUCUGCUGUGUGGGGAGUCGGUGGCGACGGAUUCUGCUAAGGACGGUGGGGAUUUGGGCUAUCGUGCUUUUCGGGAUCUGAUUACUCCUGCUGACAGGCCACAGGGUCAGAUUGACGCCCCUGCUGCUCAGCAUUUCAACGAUUUGUACAAGGUAUUUCUUGCUUAGUUUGCUACAACUUUCUAUCCGGCCAUUUUUUGAUUACUCACUUGCCAUUUUUUUUUUUGUUUCUUAGGCUGUUCAAUCCAACAUGGAUUUGUACUAUGUCUAUCGUUGGAACCAGAUGCAGCUGACGCAGAAUAACAUUGAUAUUGCCGAGCUGAAGAAGCGGGCUGAGGCGGCUGAAUCUGCUUUGAAGAUUAACGAGAAGAAGUUGGAGAGUGCUUCUUCGAAUUUGGAGGCGGCGAACCGAAGGCUGGAAGAGGUUGAGCCGAAGCUGAAGGCUGAAACUGAGAGGGCAGACGGUCUGACUGAGGAGCUGACUGAUCUUAACCAGAGUUUGCCUGUGGUGAAGAAGACUGCCGCCAAGAGGGCUGUUGAUAAGCUUCUCCAGUCUGACUGGUUUAAUGAUAUUCUUACUCUGCGCCAUAACGGUGGUUGGUGCGCUGCUCAUCGGGUCGUUUGCCAUGUGAAGAAGCUGGAUGAGGAUGGGUGGCAAGAAUUUGAGGCUGGGUAUGAGGAGAAGGAGCUGUACAAGGUUGCUACCGGCUUUGAGCCUCAGGAGCUACCCGAGGCUGUGAUUUGCAAUGCCAAUCAAAAAACCUUGCCCCCCUUGCAAGUUCCAGAAGAUGCCUACUGGUCUGGUGAUGAGCAUGUCGUUUGACGGUCUUGGCAGUCAUCACCCUCCUCUUCUUGCGGAUCCUCUACUUUUCCCAGCCGGCCUCGUACAUGUUAGGGUUUUAUAGCUUAGGCGGUUGGCUUUUGACUUUUUGCCAGAUGCUGUUAGGGCACUUAUUGUUGAUGUAACAUAUCUUAGAACAUCGUUUUAUUGUAGGGGUGUCGGUUUUAAUCGACAUCUUUUGUGCCUUGUGAUCAGCUAAUCACUUCGCAAGAUUUUUUGGUGAUGGCUGUCGGUUUUUAGUGUUUUUUCUGCUGUAACCAUGCAUUUAUAACAAGUAGUUUUUUGAUUGUAUGUUUA